AUGACUCUGCUUGGAUUCACGUAUAAUUUGUUGAGUGAUGUUGCACUCUAUAAAGGGCGCGCUUUGGCAUCCACGUCCAGAGGGUGCAAAGCACGCAGUUCACGUAGCCGCCGCUGGGCGCAGCUGCGUCGACGUUCGUCGCGGAGCACUGGAGCGCUUUUCCUACGUGCCGUUGAGGACGAGUCUGCGGAAUCCGAGCUGCCGCCUGUCAAAGAGCCAUAUCCUGGAUACUUUCGGGACCUGGAGCGCAUGGGCGUGUCACGUGAGCAGGCAGUUGCACAGCUGCGUGAGAAGCUUGAGAGCAAACGGCCACCCAAGGACAAGAAAAUUGGCGGCAAGGCGUCGCUGUAUCGGCCAGACGGAACGCCCUACGCACCCUGGAUGAUUGGAUUAGUGGAGGAGGAACCCUCAAAGGAGAAGGGUCUCGCUUCACGCACAGAUGCACGAGGGCGACUCGCUGGUGACCCUCAAGCACAGGAAAUUGCGGGUAUCGGCUUGCGCGCCAGGAUUGUGGACGACCGGGACGUCGAGCUACUGUGGCGCACCGAGGGUGAGACCAAUAACGCGGGAUUUCAGGUUUCACGGCGGCGUGGCAAGUCCACGGACUGGGAAGUGAUCGCAGACUACAAAAGCGCCCCCGACACGCUGCGAAGCAAGGGCGCACAAGGUGGAGCCUAUCGCUUCAUCGAUACACCGCCAGAGGCUACGGGAACCUGGGUUUAUCGCGUAAGCGACAUUGAUAAUAGUGGCGAGGUGAGUGACCUAUCGCAGAUUCUAGUAGAAUUCGAAUCAGAAGCGGAGCGCAAACGACAGCUGUUGGUGUUAGCGGCACUCAUCGGGACGCUUUUGCUCAUAGGCACAGUGACCUCGAUGCUGGAUCCGCUUAGCGGCCCGUGA